ACAUUGCAUGUUGGCAAAAGCCAAUGAAUCUCUCUCUCUGCUAAACAUUUUUUGAUUUCUUUCGUACUAUAUAUUAACACACCACUUGCACUUAUAUUCUCAAACAACAAACCAAACCAGGAAAGCCAAACCAAAAAAACCAAACCCUUCUCUUCUUUAAUUCUCUCCUUUGUUUUCUUUUUUUGCCCUACUCUGUUGGGGUUUCAAGUUCUCUACUCGCUCUUUUUUUUCACUCCUGGUGAUGCAUUUAAGCUUUCUUGCUUCCUUUCUUAUCAGUUUCUUGGUACUUGCUGCUAGUUUGUGUGCCUUUUGUGCUGUUAAUCAACGACGCUUCUUCUUCAUCUUCUUCUUUUCAUUUCAGUUGUUUCAGUCAUGCCUACUCUUGUUAACUACAGUGGAGAUGAUGAAAUCUAUUCCGGGGGCUCUUUCUAUACAAAUCCUUCCGACCUUGGUCGAUUAUAUUCAAUUGUAUCCAAUGUGGAUGUAUACAGCCCUGCUUGCAAGCGAGCUCGCAUUAGUACUCCUUUUCUCUUUGAAUCAUCUGGGUUCGAGCAGAAUAAGCGACCAUCAAUUGAAGUUCUUCCAGAUGAAUGCCUUUUUGAGAUCUUCAGACGCGUUCCUGAAGGCAAAGAGAGGAGUUCCUGUGCCUCUGUGUCCAAGAAAUGGCUCAUGCUUUUGAGCAGCAUCAGGAGGUCUGAAUUUUGCUACAGCAACCCUGUAGCUGAAGAAGAAAAGGAAACAGCAGCUCCUGUUUGUAAUGAUGUUGAAAUGGUCUCUUGCGAAGACAACGGGGAAGUUGAGAGUGAUGGUUACCUUACCAGGUCCUUGGAAGGAAAGAAAGCAACAGAUAUGAGAUUGGCUGCCAUUGCUGUUGGGACAAGUAGCCGUGGGGGCCUGGGCAAGCUGUUGAUCCGGGGAAGCAACUCUGUUCGUGGGGUUACCAACCGUGGUCUAUCAGCAAUAGCACGUGGUUGCCCUUCUCUAAGGGCUCUUUCUUUGUGGAACGUUCCUUUUGUCGGGGAUGAAGGUCUAUUUGAGAUCGCCAAAGAAUGCCAUUUGUUGGAGAAGCUUGACCUUGCCAACUGUCCUUCAAUUUCCAACAAGGGUUUGAUUGCAAUUGCUGAGAACUGCCCUAAUUUGAGCUCUUUGAAUAUUGAAUCUUGUUCUAAGAUUGGUAAUGAAGGCUUGCAAGCAAUCGGAAAGCUUUGCCCUAGGUUGUAUUCAAUCUCUAUUAAAGACUGCCCUCUUCUUGGGGAUCAUGGAGUAUCAAGUUUAUUAUCUUCAGCUUCUUCGGUAUUAACAAGGGUGAAGCUUCAGGGUUUGAACAUCACAGACUUCUCUCUUGCUGUAAUUGGGCACUAUGGGAAAGCUGUUACGAAUCUUUCCCUUAGUGUUCUCCAGCAUGUUAGUGAGAGAGGCUUUUGGGUCAUGGGUAAUGCUCAGGGUUUGCAAAAAUUAAUGUCUUUGACAAUUACUUCAUGCCGGGGGAUAACAGAUGUGAGUCUUGAAGCUAUUGCGAAGGGUUCCUUGAAUCUGAAGCAGAUGUGCCUCCGCAAGUGCUGCUUUGUGUCUGAUAACGGGUUGAUCGCUUUUGCCAAAGCUGCCGGAUCUCUUGAGAGCCUCCAAUUGGAAGAAUGUAACAGAAUUACCCAGUCAGGGAUCGUUGGUGCGCUUUCAAACUGUGGAACAAAGUUGAAAGCUCUUAGUCUUGUGAAGUGCAUGGGAAUUAAGGAUAUGUCUCUCGGAAUGCCAGUGCCCUCUCCGUGCAGCUAUCUUCGAUAUUUGUCAAUUAGAAAUUGCCCAGGAUUUGGCAGCGCGAGCUUGGCUGUGGUAGGGAAGCUGUGCCCUCAACUUCAGCACGUUGACCUAAGUGGGCUCUGCGGAAUUACAGAUUCUGGGAUUCUGCCACUGUUAGAGAGUUGUGAGGCAGGUCUUGUUAAGGUGAAUCUUAGUGGUUGCAUGAGUUUGACCGAUGAAGUAGUUUCAGCCUUGGCUAGGCUACAUGGUGGAACCCUUGAAUUGCUGAAUCUGGAUGGUUGCAGAAAGAUCACUGAUGCUAGCUUGGUAGCAAUUGCUGAAAAUUGUCUGUUUCUCAGUGACCUAGAUCUGUCAAAAUGUGCAGUCACUGAUUCUGGCAUUGCUGUGAUGUCAAGUGCAGAGCAGCUCAAUCUUCAAGUCCUAUCCUUGUCAGGAUGUUCUGAAGUAUCAAACAAGAGCUUGCCUUGCCUAAAGAAAAUGGGCAGGACCCUGGUGGGGUUGAACCUCCAAAACUGCAGUUCAAUUAGCAGCAGCACAGUUGAGCUGCUUGUAGAGAGCCUGUGGAGAUGUGAUAUCCUGUCAUAAUCAGGGAGGAAAAAAGAUAAUGCUCAUUCACUGAAUCAAAUAGUUGGAAUCAAAGGCGUUGAACUGGAUAAGGAGAUUCAUGCACUCCAGUUCGUCUAUACAUAGUAGAAGGAUAAAUUUCAUGCAGUCAGCCUACACGGGUAGGAGCGUUCAGCAUAGUUUUUGGCCCAUCAUCGGUGGGUCUGCUAAUAACUGGGUGGCUUGGUUGUUUCCAUGGACCUUUGGCAGAUCACUUCUCCAUCCUUUUUUGCAGGCUUUCUUCAGACAGAAAGCCUGUUGUAAAUGUUCUGCCCCCAUUGAUGUGAGGCCUCCUCUUUCGUGGCAUGGUUUCUUGAGAAUUCAGUUACCAAAGCUCUAGUAAGAAUUUCCACUUGUGGCUCCUCCAUUUCCUAUACCAUCUAUGGUCCUUGUUAUGUUUUGCUGGAUGUGACUUACCCCGUGUUUUAGCUCUUGUCUUGCAAUCCUUUGAUGUUUUGUGAUGACUAAGCUUUCUUUAUUCCGAUCUUACCAAGUGGGUUGCUUUUAUUAUUAAAAAAAACUCUUGUUAAAUUCAGUUCUCAGUAUCGAGAGUCUUUCAGUGCUCGAAACUCUCCCGUGUUGGUUUCGUGGUUCUUAUGUGUCCUCUGUUGUUAUCGUUUGUUCUCUUUCAUUCCAGUUUGUAAGAGUGGGUGCUUUGGGCAGUUCUGUACCAGGUUGCUUCAGAUUUGCAGGCUUUGGCAGUGGCAGCUGGAUCGUCCUCUGCUAUGACAACUUCAUUUCAGUUGUUUUUGUUUUUGACAAAUUCCUGGUAUUUCUGGCCUCUUUGUAUAUGAAUUGUACUCUGUAACUGCUUCAAUAAAAUGCAAUAUUUCCAUAUUGUAUUAU